GUGCGCACUUCCUCUCUUUCGGAUUCCUGACGCGGUUGCUGCUGUUCGCCUCAAGUGUGCCGCCCGGGCCGUCACCAUGGUGAAGCUGAGCAAAGAGGCCAAGCAGAGGCUGCAGCAGUUAUUCAAAGGAGGCCAGUUUGCCAUCCGCUGGGGCUUUAUACCUCUCGUGAUUUACCUGGGAUUUAAGAGGGGUGCAGAUCCUGGAAUGCCUGAACCAACCAUUUUGAGCUUACUUUGGGGAUAAAAGACUAUUUGGUCAUCUGGUUUUGGAAGCAGUCAAUGCAGAGGAACAACAUGGAAAGUGUGCACUCUGGCUGGGAUAAAAGAUGGGACAUCGUUCAGACGUUCACCACUUGGAUGGCAUAGGGCUCUUCUCAGAUGCGUCUGUGACAGAGUGGAACCUCUACUGACUUAUUUAUGAUAGACUGUAUCAAAAUAAAUGUUUUUAACAAUGUUA